AGGGGGCGUGUCCCGUCACUGGGCUCGCUCUCUGUAUAAAAAGCAGAUCCCUGCAGUAAUCGUUUCUCCUUUUCUCAUUCGGAAAGCAGAGGGUUAGCGGUCCAGGUAAACCACCAUCAUGUCUAUCCAGAAGAUUCAUGCAAGGCAGAUUUUUGACUCCCGUGGUAACCCCACUGUGGAGGUUGACCUCUUUACAGCUAAAGGGUUGUUCCGUGCUGCUGUACCCAGCGGUGCCUCCACUGGUAUCUAUGAGGCACUUGAGCUCCGCGACAAUGAUAAAACCCGCUACCUGGGAAAGGGUGUUAACAGAGCUGUGAAAUAUAUAAACGAGUUUCUGGCACCUGCUUUGACCACCCAGGAUGUAAGUGUUGUGGAUCAAGAGAAGAUUGACCAGCUCAUGCUGGAUAUGGAUGGAACUGAGAACAAAUCCAAGUUUGGUGCCAAUGCCAUUCUGGGAGUGUCCCUAGCGGUGUGCAAGGCUGGUGCUGCUGAGAAGGGAGUUCCCCUUUACCGCCACAUUGCUGACCUAGCUGGGAACCCUGAGGUCAUCCUGCCUGUUCCAGCAUUCAAUGUGAUCAAUGGUGGAUCUCAUGCUGGUAACAAGCUGGCUAUGCAGGAAUUCAUGAUCCUGCCAGUGGGGGCAUCAAGCUUCAAGGAGGCCAUGCGCAUUGGUGCUGAAGUUUAUCACAGCCUGAAGAGUGUGAUCAAGGAGAAGUACGGGCAGGAUGCCACGAAUGUUGGUGAUGAAGGUGGCUUUGCACCAAACAUCCUUGAGAAUAAGGAAGCUCUGGAGCUCCUGAAAACUUCCAUCAACAAAGUUGGAUAUACAGACAAGAUUGUGAUUGGAAUGGAUGUUGCUGCAUCUGAGUUUUACCGUCAAGGAAAGUAUGACCUGGACUUCAAGUCCCCAGAUGAGCCUUCCAGAUACAUCUCACCUGACAAGCUAGCUGACUUGUACAAAGACUUUAUUAAAAAUUAUCCAGUUGUGUCCAUUGAAGAUCCAUUUGAUCAGGAUGACUGGGAAGCAUGGUCAAAGUUCACUGCUGAUGUGGGAAUCCAGGUUGUUGGUGAUGACUUGACUGUGACCAACCCCAAGAGAAUUGAGCAAGCUGUGGCAAAGAAGGCCUGCAACUGCCUUCUCCUGAAGGUUAACCAGAUUGGAACAGUCACAGAAUCUCUACAGGCAUGCAAGCUGGCCCAGACCAAUGGCUGGGGAGUGAUGGUCAGCCAUCGAUCAGGAGAAACUGAAGAUACCUUUAUUGCUGAUCUGGUGGUUGGCCUUUGUACUGGACAGAUCAAGACUGGUGCCCCAUGUAGAUCUGAACGACUUGCAAAGUACAACCAGAUCCUCAGGAUUGAAGAGGAGCUUGGACCCAAGGCUCGUUUUGCUGGUAGAAACUUCAGGAAGCCAAUCAUCAACUGAGCAAUUGCACAGAGCACCUAUCCAUCUUUAUGUAGUCACCAUAAACCUAGUCUGCAGGCAAUGGCCUAAAAUGUUCACUGCUGUAGAGGCCUGAUUUGCAGUGCAGGCCCCUCCAACAGUGAUCACGGUGUUCUAGGCCUCAUCACAACACCGCAGUUUCUGACCUUCCAAUCUCAGAAGCUUUGCUGCUUAAUAGGAUGAUUCUUUGUCUCGCUCUGAGUGCCUGCAUGUUUGUUCCUUUUUUUUUCUAUUGUAACUGGUCCUGAACACUUCAACCUUGUCUAUUUGUACAUUGUCUUGUUGGGAGGCUAGCUUACGGUUUAUGUGCAGAGUUGAGAUGUAGUUUCAUGAAGAGGUAAUAAACUCUUAAGAUUA